GUGAUAUUCCCCACGAUUGCGGCGCUCACGAUCUACGCGGACCUGAAGCGGACAGCUCGCUGGAAGCGCCAACUUGCCGAGGAACAGAACAAGUGAGAGAGCAUGAGCAAACUGUCGCACGCGCACAUCUGGAAGAUGUACUGGACCCUCAUCUUCCCCUUCGCCGGCUUCAUGAUCGGCCACAAGUUAGACAAGAUGGAAACAAAUAGGAUGACAAUGUUCAGGGACAAGUCGGCGUUAUACGGCAGAGAGUUGAAGCCUGGGGAACCACCUUCCUGGCCGUAUUAGCUAUCCCUUAUUUGUUAAACCUUAAGCAAUUGCAGAAUCAAUUAGCGCUUGUGUAAGUUAAUUAAUGAAUAAAUAUGUUCAAAUGAUAAUCACAGGAGUUGCAAGAUAUCUCAUUGAUACACAGGUGUGUAUAGUUUAGAUCGAAUGACGCAAUAUGUACAAUUCAGAAUACAUAUAUGUAUACAA